AUGGUUUUCAUGAGUCAAUGGAAGAGCUGUCUCCAUUCAAACACAUACACAAUAAACUCCUACGAUGCUAUGGGAAUGUGUUCCUUUUACCUAUUAUUUAUAGGCAUAUGUGCAUUGCUAUUUAUUAUAGUUAUACUUUUGUUUGGAGAUCUACCAAAUUAUAGAGAUACUAUACUAAAUAAGCUCCACCAUAUUUUGGUUGAGAAUUUCUUCAAAUUCAUAACCAAUAAAUUGCAACAGUUUGAUAAUACAUAUCUAAAUUCGAGUUUAACAUCCCAAAAAGGUAAGCUUCGUCUAAAGUGGUUAUUUGGAUGGACAGUACCAAUAUUAUAUUUGAUUAUUUUUACCAAAUGUCUGAAGUUAUUUUUUGACUACACCUACACUCAGAUCAUCAAAUAUGAGGAAACACUGCAAUCUCCAACUAAUUGGGGACUGAGAUAUUGGUUUGUUAUUAUUCCAUUAAUCAUAAUUAACUACGUCACAUUUUUACUAGCAGUUUUUUCAGACCCAGGUGUUAUUGGUCCAAAGAGGGAAUGCAAUUUUAAUACUUCACAACUACAGGCUGAGUUCCCCAACGAUGGGAUUCUCUUUCCACCAGAGAUCGUAUGUUCAACUUGCAAAAUCAAAAAACCACCAAGAAGUAAACACUGCUCUAGCUGUGAUAGAUGCGUAUUGAUGUUUGAUCAUCACUGUAUAUGGCUUAAUAAUGAUGUUGGAUACUAUACUUUCCGCUGGUUUUUCCUCUUUUUGUGUUCGAUCUGCAUCAUUUUUGUUUAUGGUGGCUAUUUAUCUUUCUACAGUCUACAAGUAUACCUAAAGUCAGGAAACAUACCGGAAAAUAUCAAUAAAGCCUCCACGCCAAAAAAAUAUUGGAGGUUGAUAAAGCAAACUACUGUUGGCAAUGAAAUUACAGGUAUAUUGUUACUUCUUUGUUUACUUUUAUUUCCCUUAAUUGGAUAUUUUCUAGUCGAAACGACAUGGUCAAUAUACCUGGGAGUAACCACCAAUGAAAUAGGAAAAUGGAAUUAUAUUAAUGAGCUAAUAAACCAUGAUCUCGUUUACCAAUUUGAUCCUGAAGAUGGAUCAGCAAAAGUGUACUUGAUACUAACAGAGAGGUUACCCGGAGGACAAGGGAAAUUUAUGGCUUUAUCCGAUAGAUCUUCAUUCAAUAGUAACAUCGGUGGUAGCCUAGAACCUGUUAAAGGAUGGGACGACUUGAAAAACAUAUACGAUAGAGGAUUUUGGCUCAAUGCUAAACAAAAAUUAUUUCCUACUUCUUUUUAA